AGCUUUGAGCCAGGGCAGAGAAGAGCGGGAGCGGGAGAGGGGGAGGGAGAGGGAGAGGAGAGAGCGAUAUGGCCAUCGGAUUGAGGGGUAUCUAGGAAGGCGCAGACGCUGGGUUUCCGAAUCAUUUUGAUCGCUGUCUCCUCUCGAGCUUAGGAUGAGCCCUUCGGUGCAUACUCGGUCGCCUGCAAGGAGACAUUCAUCUGAUUGGUCUGAAUCUCCACCUAAGAGGCGUUCAUCAGCACGAUCCAGAUCUCCUCAUAAGAGAGGUUCACCAAGAAGAGAUCGAUCUCCUGAUAGGCGCAGGGGAUCUCCUCCAAGAAUGAAAUCACCCACUAGGAGUAAAUCAUCUCACAAGGCAAGGUCACCCACCCGAGAAGCAUUGUCUAGUCGAGGCCAUUCUCCUAAUCAUGCAAAACAUCCUUUGAAGUCUAUCUCUUUGUCUCCAUCUCCCUCACCACGUACAAAGCGUCUAAGGAGAGCUCAAGCAGAAAGAGAUGCAGAGAGGACAAUGGAAAGAGAUCGAGAUAGAACUAGCAGUAGAGAUAAAGAUCGUGAGAGACACAAAAGACAGGCUUCAGAUAAGGAUAUGGGAUAUGAAAAAAGAACUGCUGAUGACAAGCAUGAUGGCCAUUCAUCUAGGCGCAAGCAUGAACAUUCUUCUUCCCCUGGGGAACGCAGCCGCAAGCUUAGCAAUCACGGGCAUCAUUCACCUAGAAGAGUUGAGAGUAGUCAAGAGAGGAAGCAUGCAGCAAAGACUGGGGCACGUGAUGAGGAGCCAAAUGCCAAGGGUUCAUUACCAACCAGAGAUGAGGAGCAUGAUUCAGUAUCUAAAAUGAAGGUUGCUGAGGAGGCCUUAGAAACCAAGCAAAAGCAAAAACCAUCAUUCGAGCUAUCCGGGAAACUUUCAGAGGAAACUAACCGAGUCAAGGGUGUGACCCUGUUAUUUACUGAACCACCUGAUGCUCGCAAACCUGAUAUGAGGUGGCGACUUUAUGUAUUCAAGGCUGGGGAAGUACUUAAUGAACCCCUUUACGUGCAUCGCCAAAGCUGUUAUCUUUUUGGAAGAGAGAGAAGAGUUGCUGAUGUUCCUACUGAUCAUCCAUCAUGCAGCAAGCAGCAUGCUGUGAUACAGUUCAGGCUGGUUGAAAAAGAAGGAGCUGAUGGUUUGAUGAAAAAGCAAGUAAUGCCUUAUUUAAUGGAUCUUGGGAGCACAAAUGGUACAUUCAUUAAUGAUAAUCAGAUUGAGCCCCAACGCUAUUAUGAACUUUUUGAGAAGGACACCAUUAGGUUUGGUAACAGUAGUCGAGAAUAUGUACUUUUGCACGAGAAUUCAGCUACUUGACAUUGUGAUUGCUGCUGCCAAUUGCUACUGGCUUCAGCCGAAUUUGCUGCUUCCAGUUUUGCAGUUCUAGUUGCGUCUCUCUUUGAUGUUCUUGCACCACAUUUUGUUUCUUACUGGUAACUAGUAGCAUUAAUUAUGUAAAAUUAGUUUUCUCUGCUUGCAAA